UAGCCUCAAUUGCGCCGGAAAAGAAGGAUGGGGUGGUUGAGCUCUUACGCCGGUGCAGUCGCACUAGCUCUUGCUCCCACAAUUGCUCCUUCUUUUCACUCCACACACACUCUUUUCUUCCAACAAUUCCCAAACCAUCUCUUCAAAUGCCACACCUUUUCAACUCUCUCUCUUACUUAUCGCAAGCUGUUGGUGCCUCCUCCGUGCCACGCGCUACGCGCUGCUGCACAACCUUCAAGGGAUGAUUAUGAUGAUUCUGAUUUCGUGGUUGUCAAUUUCUACCAUUUUGUGUUUAUCAAAGAUCCUCAAGCUGAAGUCACUAAACACCUUUCGUUCUUGGAGGGUCUCAAUCUUGACAUCAAUGGAAGAGUUUAUUUGAAUGAACAAGGGAUUAAUGCGCAGUUUAGUGGACCAUCAAAAGAUGCACUGAAAUAUGUCAACUGGUUGAGAGAGGAUAAGAGGUUUUCAGAUAUCCUGGUUCAGAUAUCUCCAUCGCAAAAUGGACAUGCCUUUCCAAAAUUGAAGUUGCGGUAUAAGCCCUCAUUAGUACAGGUUGAAGGUGGCGUAUCACAUCUUCCUUUGCUUGAUCCUUCAAUGCGGGCAAUACCUUUAGAACCUUCAGAAUGGAGAAAUAGAUUGGAACCAACCAAUAAAAAUGAUCUUACAUCAAAAGAAUAUCUAAAGAGGAAUUACAUUCUAUUGGAUGUAAGAAAUGGUUAUGAGUGGGAUAUUGGACAUUUUAAUGGGGCCCAACGACCUAAUGUGGACUGCUUUAGGAGUACUUCAUUUGGUAUGUCUCAACAAGAGAUCUCUGCAUCAGAUCCUUUAUCAAAUGUAGAUAAAGAAAACACAAACAUAUUGAUGUAUUGCACUGGAGGGAUUCGCUGUGAUGUAUAUUCUACAAUACUAAGGCAGCAAGGAUUUCAGAAUUUAUAUACCUUGAAAGGAGGUGUUUCUCACUAUUUAAAGAAUGAAGGUCCUGCAAAAUGGGUAGGAAACUUAUUUGUAUUUGACUCUCGUCUCUCGCUCCCUCCGUCUGUGUACUAUCCCCAGGCCACAACUGAAGCAGACAUGACCCAAAUUUCUGGAGUUGAUAAGUUUGCAAAAUGCUACCUAUGUAGUUCAGAAGUCAGCGAAUUGAGACAUAGGAAUUGUGCAAAUCUUGACUGUAAUUUGCUGUUUUUAUGCUGCAGUCAAUGUGUAAAGGACCUAAGGGGAUGUUGUUGUUUGAGUUGCACUACUGCCCCGCGGCUUAGACCUGUUCUAAUCGGAGAUUCGAGAUACAAAAAGUGGCACAUCUAUCGCGAUAUGGAUUUGCAACACAGCAUGAAAAUUUCAGCUUGAAUAGACAUUUUUUUUAUUAACCACAGCAGCAUGCCAUCAUAUAAUUUCAUAAGGCCAGUUAUCUGGAUUGUAACUGUUUAUGAAGCGUGCAGUGAAAAGCCAUACUGCAGUAAGCUAAUGUUGUAACAUUAUUGAAAUUUAACCAUGGGAAAAAUUGUAGAAUCAAGUGAACAUUUUAUGGGCCGAAUCCUCGAAUUGCUUUGGACCGAUUAACUUUCAUUAGUUUGAGGCCCAAUAAUCAGGCCCAUGGUUUAAACAGAAGCUCAGUGCCUCAGUACCCUUUCUUAGGCAGAGACACUAUUUUCAUUUCCCUCCAUUCCAAAACAAAAGAGCGCCACAAUAGAAAGAGAAUCCGAAA